UCAAUUAAUCUGAUGAUUUAUUCAAAUGAAUACAUUUGUUGUUAAUUCAACAAUUGUUGUUGUUGUUGCUGCUGAUCAUUAUUCUCGAAAUUUUCAUGUCCAUAUUCUUAAUAUGAUGUAAUGUGAUUCUUCAGUGGAUUGAAACAAAAACACAAACAUAUUGUAUAUGAUCGCUUCAGAUUAACGAUUUCAUUAAACGAUAAUCUAAUCGAUUCGAUUUUUGGAAUGUUUAAUAUUUCAAUUGAAUCAAUUGAAAGUGAAUGUUUAGAACCAUUAUUCACUUUCACAUGCAGAAAUUUUUUCCCCAUCGAUUAAUCAAGGUCAUUCUGGUCAAUCAUUUUUGGAUGAUUUCUUGCUGCUAGUUGUCAUCAAUUUUGUUCGUUUUUUCUCAUCAUUUGUAUUUUAUUUUUUAUCAGUUUGAAUGAAAGAUUAUCAAUUUUUCGAUUAUAAUAAUAUCAUUACCAACAAAAGUAAUCAUAUAGGCAACGAAGACGACCAAAAUUGUUAUAAGCCUCAACUACCGUUAACAACAUCACCUAUAAUAAUAAUGAAACCACUACAGCAAGAGGAGAUAUUUGCAUAUUUUAAAAGCCUAUCUGGAGCUAAACGUAUUGAAUUGGUUUGUGGAUUAAUUUCAAUGUGUAUACCACUGGAAAUACGUUUUUUCGAUAAUGUCAUACAAGAUAUGGUCAAACGUGAUUAUAAUUCAUUCAGAGAUGCAGAAAUCAAGGCAAACACUUAUCAAGAAUUAGAUAUGGUCUGUAAAUGUGAUCUUUUAUUGGAAAAAGUUUCAACAACAACCGCUACUACCACCGAUAACCAAUCAUAUUAUGAUGAUGGUAUUAUUAAUAGUACGAUACCGUCUGUUUUAACAAAUAGCACUGAAAUGCAAAAUGGUAAUAUAACAGCAACAUCAUCAUCGUCGUCGGCCAUAUCAAUAACAUCAACAUCAUCACAAUCGAAUAACCGUGAUUCGAAUACGACGACACCGACAACUAAUAAUAAUAAUAAUGAUAAUAAAAAUAAUGAUAAUGGCCAAUUGACAAAUUCAAACAAUACAAUUGUCAAAAGUGGUGAUCAAUCACAAACAACAACACUAACGACAACGAAUCAAAAUAUAUCAUCAAACAUUGCCAGCUUUCCAUCACGAUCUAAAUUGAUAAUAUCAUUGUGUCUGAUGCAACCAAGUAAUAGUCAUUGUUCAACAAUUGUAUUCAAUGCUAUAAGAAAACAAUUGGCACAUGAAAUCAUUUGCCAGGCAGUUGAUCAAAUCUAUCUACCUAAAAACCAGAAUAUUGAUGAAUUAUUCUCUGAGAUAUUAUUAUUAUUAACAAUGGCAAUGUAUCAUCCUGCGUUUACUUAUGAACAACGUGAUCUAUUGGCAAGUCAAAAGAAAGAUAUUGAACAGCUUUAUUAUAAUUUCAUACACUAUAUACGUGCACAACAAUUUUUGGCUUGUCAAGCCGCUGUAGCGGCCGUUGCUAAUCAACAAGCGGUACCAGUUCCGGCACAACCAAUGGGUGUUACUGUAACUGGUUCAAAUGUAACGAUACCAGUACCGAUUGUUGCAACAUCGGCUACUGUAAUUCCAUCUGGUCAACAACAAUCAAAUUAUCAUCCACCGGCAACGACACCAACGAAUCCAUCGAUCGGUUCUGGUGGUAGUGGGAGUGGUGGCACUAAUACUAAUGCUCAGCAUCAGUCAUCUACACAAGCGAAUGCUUCAUCUGCUCAUAUUGCACAUCAAUAUCAUCAUAAUUAUCAUCAAUCAGGCACUUCCGGUGGUCACAAAUCUCAUCAACAUCAUCAUCAUCAUCAUAAUGCUGGUGGUGGUCCAACAUCAGCAAGUGCUGUAACGCAUUUAGGUCCACAAGUUGCACCUGUAGCAGCAGCUGCUCAACAAUAUAUUCCAUUCAUGCCGAGUCCAUUGGGUGCCAAUAUUACCUAUACAGCAACGGGGCCACCACCAAUACCAACAAAUGCAACGAAUGCUGUUAUACAGAAUAUUGCAAUGCUAAAGAUGAGCUCACCACAACCGGCACCACAAUCAUCAACACAAUCACAACAACAAUCAUCAUCCCCAUCACCGUCUUCAAUAUCGCCUGCAUCAUCGGUGUCAAGUAAUAAAUUACCACCACAACCAGCCGUUGUACAGGUUAUGCCACAAACGGCAACAACAACUCAGAUUGGACAAUUCAUCAAAUUGGAUUCAAUGUAUACGACAGCCAAUCUAGCUGGUGGUCCAUUGAUUGCUGCUGGACCAUCACCCCCAACGUCAUUGAUUGUUGUCGAUCCAAAUGCUACAACCGGUACCGGUGUUGUUCCAACAGGUCCAACAAUGUGUCUCCAUCAUGCACAAUUAAUAGUUGAUGAUAAAUCAUCAAUAACAUCAUCAGCAUCAUGUUAUAAUUGUGGUAAUAUGGGACAUCGUGGAACGGAAUGUACAACUGGUACUGGUGAUAGUAGUGGCGAUCAUUGAAAAAAAUUAUAAUAUGAAGAUCAUGAUGUAGAUAUAAGCAAAGGAAAUCUGGCAACCCUUGGAUCUAUCCAGCAUCAUUUUUUGUUUUUUUUUCUUUGGUUCUUCCUAAAACCAUCAGCAAUUUUUUCAUGGAUGAAAUCCAUUUUUUAAUUCAAACGUUAUCAAAAAUUUCAUCAUAGUUCAAUCAUUAUACGGAUCUAAAAACAAAAAUCCUAAUAUCAUUACUAAACCAAGAAAAAAUGAGAAAAAAAAAUUGAAAAUGAGUGCCAGAAAUUUUCCGUAAGCGGGAAUAAAAACAUGAAAAAUUCAUUCAUGACAUUUUUGUAUAAUCGAUGCCAUCAAAUCUAAUCGGUCUCAUCAUUCAUCAAAAAAAUUAUCAUUGUUAUUGCAUCUCACAUUCAUUCAUUCAUUUUUUUUUCUAUUUUUUACACUCACAGCCCACAAUUAUGUGUUUGAUUAUUAUGAUUUUAUUUUCAUUCAUUGAUUUAUGAUGGUGAAUAGAAAAAUAAUGAAUUUUUUUUUUGAAAUUUAUUUUUUCUAACAAACAAACAAAAAUCCAUCACCAUAUAACAACAACAAAAAUAGCGAAUUGAUUUGACUUGACGAUUCUGCAACAACAACAACAACAACAAUUCAUACCUAUAAACACAUUGACAGAUAAACAUUUUAUAAAUUUUAAUGAAACGGAAACGGAUUUCAUGUGGAUAUUAAAAAAAAUACCAUAUAAA